AUGUUCCUCACCGCUACGUUCUUCUUCCUGUACGUGCUGUUCUGCGCCCCCUCGUGGAUAGUGGGUGGAUCCAGAGACGCAGUAGCUCAAUCAGCUCUGAGAUCGUCGGCAUCACCAAAAGAUCGUGGAAUCUCUGACCACGAUGAACUGCGCUUUAAAGAGAUCACCAUCGAGUGUGUCGCCAGGCAGAAAGGCGAAUAUUUCGUGGCUCUACUGUUUGCCAGAUACGGGAAGGACAAUAAAACUAUUCAUAAACAAGAGCUGGUAAAUAUUUUUCAUAAUUUAGGAUUCAGUGAUGAUGUGCCAGGGUUUGGUGAAGUCCACCAACACGAUGUGAGGGAACCUCAGGAAGGAAUUGACCAUGUCAGUGAUGAUAAACUACAUACACAACAUGAUCAUGGAUUGGUGGAACAUAAUUCCAAUUAUUUGCAAGUAAACGGGGCUAAAAAUUCACAUGAUCAAACUUACAUUAAUAAAUUGCAUCAUCAUCAUCAUAAUAUAGAUUUAAGCAAGUGUAACAUUAACAGUCACGAAAAGGUUGCAAUAGAAGCCAAACACGAUUACAAAACUCAGUCAAAACAUCGGCAUGAAGAUGACGAAAACGUAAAUUCAGGGGUUACUAGUCAUGUAGAUACUGGAAACACGCCAACUCAUGAACAUCAUUCAAGUCUUAACAGCACUCACAAUUUAAAACCAGAAUUUAGACCUAAACCCGACAGUGAGGACGCCAAAGAUGAAGAUAGAACCGCGACUCGGUCUGGUGGUAAAAAACGCAAGGGAAAAGCUGAUCGUCGUGUGAAGAAAAUACGGAAAGAAAAGAAUAAAAAGAGCAAGAAAGGACCGAAGAAAGAAAAGAAGAGCGAGAAAGAAAAGGAAAUCCAAAGGCGAGACAAGAGAGAUGUGGCAGGAGAAAUCCAACAUUCUUAUGACACUCAAGCUGAGUGCAUGACAGUUCAAGAACUACUUCAAGUUUUCGAUCUGGAACACAAAGAUAAGAUAACUGUAACUGACUUCCUGUACAUAUCUCCCGCCAUUAUCUACCAACUGGAUGCGAAGAACUGUUCACAUAUUACCCACAACGCUCUAGAUAGUUCAGUCCACGGGCAUUCACAUAUGCACAAUUCUGCUAAAAGUGGCGGCAAUAUUCCAGCAAAAGUAUGGGGUUACAGCUUCGUUGCCGUGUUUAUCAUCAGUCUGGUCGGGUUGCUAGGCGUGGCAAUCAUCCCGGUGAUGCAGAAAGUCUUCUACAACCAUCUCCUGCAGUUCCUCGUCGCCCUCGCUGUGGGGGCGCUCACAGGCGACGCCCUGCUUCAUCUUCUACCUCAUGCCCUGGGGAGCGCCGAGUCACACCACGACAUCACCGCCGUGUGGAAAGGCUUGUGCGGUCUGUUGGGCAUCUACUUCUUCUUCACGAUGGAACGAGUCCUCUUCAUCAUCACCGAAAACAAACGCAGACGCAAAGCUAAGUAUGGAAUUAAACCCGAUCCGAAAUCUAGGGAAGAAGUGAUGAUGAUGGGACAUUCAGACAAACCAUUAAAAAUUACUGCAGAUGAACAACUAAAUAUUGUUACCAAAGUUACGGUAAAGGAUAACAAUCCGCCAAAAGGUCACGGUCACUUAGGUCACACCCAUGCCGAUGGUAAGAUGCCGAAGUCCAUAGCAACGAUCGCGUGGAUGGUGAUCAUGGGCGACGGCAUCCACAACUUCAGCGACGGCCUCGCCAUCGGGGCAGCGUUCGCGGACAGCAUCACCGGCGGGUUUAGUACAACCAUCGCAGUCUUCUGCCAUGAACUGCCGCAUGAAAUUGGAGAUUUCGCCGUGUUGCUGCGGUCGGGGAUGUCCGUGAAACAAGCUAUCAUCUACAACGUCGUGUCCUCCGUACUCUGUUUCAUCGGUGUCGCCGUCGGCGUUGCCCUUGGCAACAUCAGUGACAUGUCGCUGUGGAUUUUCGCCUGUGUCGGUGGAUUGUUCGUGUACAUAGCCUUGGUCGACAUGCUCCCGGAAAUGACGAAUAAAGAACAUGGUGGAAUCACGUUCGGCCAUCUUUUCCUCCAGUGUUGCGGGAUGGUCACGGGGUCCGGCAUCAUGCUGCUGAUAGCCGUCUUCGAGGAGGACCUGCUCCACGCCCUCCACUGACCAGCAUUCCACUGACCAGCACUCCUUCUGUCCAGUUUACAAGACCUUCUCGUCCCAGUGUUCCCACCCCUCUGUUCCGCUGAACAAUACGGACAAGCGGCCACCUCUGGUAAAAAAUGGGACUCGCUAAAUGCCGGACAUUAGAUUUAGACUGAAUGUUACUGCACUCCAGCUCGACGAAUGCAUGGGUGAUUGGGUGCCGGGCAUUGGAAGUGUGGCAGUAAUUGGGAUGUGAUACAAGACAACAUUAAUUACUUUGUGUGAACUGAUAUAGACAGUUAUUAUUAUUUUAGCUAGUAGGCAAGUACUGAAUCCAUCCAGAUAUUUAAUAGUUUUAAUUCUGAAGAAGAUUAAAAUACUUGUGGUGGCAAUAGAAAAAUAAUUGGUCUACGGUCAUAGAGGGUCUUUUCCAGGUAGAACAAGGGACGCUUUUAAUAAACUGUAGAAAAGGUUUAACCCUUUCUGCGGUUUUAAACUGUAGAAAAGGUUUAACCCUUUCUCCAAUGGGUACGGCUUUGGCUACCUCAUUUAGUAACCAAUAAAGGCUACUAACCCCCUUUUGUUGUAUAAAAAGGGAUAAUUAUAUAUAUAUAUAUAUAUAUAUAUAUAUAUACAGUGGACUCUGUCUAAACCGGACUCACUUCGUACCAUCGAAAUAGUCCGGUUUACAUAGAGGACCGUUUUAGACAGAGUUUCACCCAGAGUUAUGGUUCUUGAAUGAUCGACAAUGACAUUUGAUCCCAUGUUUUGACUGCGGAUUUGAAUCAAAUUCUUGUAUUAAUUUGACUUUAGUUUCUAACGAAAGUUCGAUACGUUGCCGUUUUGGGGAUCGUUCCGCCAUUAUAAAUGAAAUAAGAUAACACAAAAUAUACGAGCGAUUCGCACCUAUUUAUACAUGCGUUAGGUUAAGUAUAACUCGCCGAAUUCAUAAGUGUGUAAUCAGUUAGGUAUCAGAACAGAACAGAACAGAACUUUAUUACACUCGUGGCCAUCGUUCGAUGGCAUCAGAGGAAUACAUAAAUAACAUAGCAUAAACAACAUCAAGAUGACAAUAUCUGAAUAAAAACGAAUAAAACAUAUAUACACAAUAGAAGUCUUAGGAGGAGCAGAAUUGUUUGUUGAUAAUAACAAUAAAUUUACACAAUUUCUUAAGGGUGCUAAUAUUUUUACAACUGAACAGCUUUUUAAAUUUAUAUAUAUUUGGUCUAUUUAUGUAGUACUUUUUAAUAUAUUUAGCCCUUUCCGCUGUAAAUUUUGCACAGAUAAAUAAAUAAUGAAACUCAUCCCCAACAUCGUUUGUAGUACAAUAUAUACAUUUUCUAUUUUCAUAUAAUAUGUUCCUCCACCACACACACACUAAUAUUAAUCCGAUUGAUCUAACGACCUACCGCAAUAAGAGUCAACUUCACACGUGUGCGAUUACAUUUUGUAUUUGGCGUCCUGAUUACUUGGCAAUUGACGAUCAUUGUUCAACUAAUUAAGCAGCCCGUCGUUCAGUCAAAUCUCAAUCCGGUGUAGACAGAGGUAA